CAUGUUAGCAGUGCCACGCCAGCAACAGUGCCACGUCAGCAGUGCCCCGCCACCAUGACGGGCUCAGUUCUGGGCAUGCCAGGCCAACUGGCCAAUGAGUCCAUUACCGAGUACCGACAGCGGUUCCAAGCUCAGCUCGUAUUGAUCAAGGCCAAGGAACAGCGCCAGGCGGCAGCCGAGGCUGCCCGCCUACAGGCUGAAGCAAAGGCAGCAGCUGAAAAGCAGUGGCUUCAGGCCGAAGCAGAUGCAGACACCCAGGCACGCCGCAAGGAGGCCCAGGAUCUGCUACAGCGGCACGAAGCCGCCAGCAUCGAAACGCUCAAGUUCCGGCAUUUCGAACAAUCUGAGAGAUCAUCAAGACCAACCGGGAUGCUGCACACGAGAAGACAACGUGGCAGCCAGCCCAUGUGGAGAAGGGAAAAUUUGGUCCGCGUUCGCAGCAUGUCGCUGCAGUCCAUCCGGACACCAUUGUGGAAGACCGGGCAGCCACCCAAGCAUCACGUGAGGGAGAUCAGGUGGCCGCCGUCCAGCCGCGAAGCAACAAGAACUCCCGGGAAAAGGGAAGGCGAAAACCGCAUCGUCGGCCGGAAAUGGACAGCCAAUACCACAGCUCGGGAAACUGAGCUGUGCGGGAGGGCACAAUUGCGGGAUUACUUGCAUACUGCAGUACCAACUCCGUUGAUGGAUGCCGGAGUAAAGGUUGUCAACCUUCACGACUACCUUCCGAAGAUUGACCGCGAGUUCAAGACACAACGGUAUGACGACAUCGACGUGCAAUUGUUGUACAUACGCAUUCAGAUCGGAGAGGCGACCUGCAGCGCUUUGAUCGAUUGCGGAAGCACUCGCAAGUAUAUGGGCCACGAUUUUCUGGUACGCAAUGGCUUGGGGCCACGCGUUUGGAGGAAGUCGCAGCCCACGCAAGUCACGUUGGCUAACAGUCACAUGCACAAGUCAAUCGACCGGUGCAUUGAUCCCAUCCCUGUGUACUUUGCCCCGCAUGUGGGGAGGCGAAGUCCCGUCUCUUUCACUGCUUCCUUCCUCGAUCCCAAGAUGGCGAUCUCCUAUUCCAGGGCAGCCCAAAAGGCAAUGAACGAGAGGGAGAAGAUGGACUUUGCCCGAGGUCAAGGAGGAACGACAACACCCCAAACGGGACAGUCGGCAUCACAGUCAGGUACAGCACCGACAACAGGCGGAGCCAAUCCACGUUCUUUGGGACAAAAAGCGAUGGACUUCCUUAUGGAGAAAACACAAGUUAGGGCGGAGAUCAGGAUCACGAAAGAAGUAGUCAAGGGAGAGGAUGGGAAGGAAGAGGAAGUGGACGUGUGGGAAUAUCCUGAAGAGGAUAUCCAAUCGUUGAAUGAACUGUACGAGAAGCACAGGGUUUUGUUCAACUUCUCGGGAAGAAGCAGGGAGCUCUCUCUAAAUGAGAAGAGAAGCGGAAGAGGUCAUCUGGGAACCUCCUGCCCACAAGGCGAAUCAGGAGCAACAGGAGGGAAAAAGGUGGCAUUGAGACAAUCUAUGCUGCAGGAGUGUGUAAGCAAGCCAGGAGUCUGGUACAUCAACUCCUCUUUAUACAGGGGUUGGAUUUUCGAUGACAACUUGGAAAAUCCAAGGUGGGUUUGGGUGCUGAAGAAGGAUCCAACGGUCAAACCGGACAUCUAUCCUCCAUAUGAUAGCAGGUGGAGACACACAGGAGCUAAGAGAAUGGAAGACAAGGAAACCGGGUACAUCGUCAAACCGAUCUUGGAUGAUGCUGUCAUACAGGAUGAUGAGCAAAGGUUGAAGCUCAUGGAGGAACUACAUGAGGUCGGAAAAAACGCGGAAUUGGCCUUCUUGGAAAAUACACAAGUCAGAGCACAGCAGCAGGAGCAGACAAGAGGCAAGGAAGACAGUUCAAAGGAAAUGGUGGAGGGUGAGGGAGACAACAUGGACUGCGAAGAAGGAAGGAUGGGGGGGACAGAGGGAGCAAGUCUCUCCACAAAGAGGAAGGGAGAGUCAAGAGAGGAAGAGGGGUCUGAUGCUCAAGAAGGAGAGUUGCAGCAGGGAAAAAGGAGACAAAAGACCCAAUCAGAGGAUUGGGCCACCACAGGAGAGGAAGAAGAAGAGGGCCGCACAAGCAUGGAUUCAUCAGAGACUUUGGGCCAAGAUAGUGAGGCAAAAUCAAUCUCACAAGACUCGUCCUCAAAGGGUACCAGUGCAGGAGAGGAAGGGACAAACAUUGCAAAUAAGAGAGAAGGAUUCGACAGACAAAGACCACCCAGAGGGUUCACCACAACAGGAAGAGGACAGAGGCAGAUCUCAGGGGGCCCAGGGUCACAUAACAGCGGAGGAAGAAGAAAGGAGGAGGACCUAAGAGAGGCUUCACCAGAUACAGAAAGCAAAGCCUCAUCAGAGGAGGAUGAGGAAGAAGGGGAGGAUGAGCAGGAAGACGCUGACGUGGAGGAUUGGACAAGGGAACGGUGGGUAAAAGAAGUGGAGCAACUGGAAUGGGGGAGGACGAUUAAGUGCGAAAUCAGGCUGGCCCACUACAAACACCUGAGGAACCUGCAACAAGCCACUCAAGCAGGGGAUGACAUUACGACAGAGAACAGGUUUGAACUGUUAAGGAGGGAGGGAGAAGUCAAUGAGUUUUAUGCAUCUCAGUAUGCAAGAAAGUCCCGGACGGUGAACCUGCUCAAGGACGAGAACAGGGAAUUGGAGGACGACACAGUAAAUGUACAAAAAAUAGCGAAAGGACAGUGGAAAGAAAUUGAAGCCGCGGCCAGACUGGAAUCCAAAAAUGGGAGGAGGAGAAGAGUAGUCCUUCCAUGUCGAUGGAACGCAAGGCACUCGGACUGGGAAGUGGCAAUCAACCAAUCCCUGCAGAUGAUAACAACCCCGUUUGAAGAGUGCUCGGGCUCAGAGCAUCAGAAACUAUUAGGGGGAGAGGUGCAUGCUCGUGAAUUCAUACUGAGGGAGGGAGGAGUGGACCCGAUGGCAUUAGGAGAGGAAGGCGAGGAGGGGACAAUGACAGAUUUCGAUCCCCUGCUGCUCCAAAUGGGGACCGAUUCUGAGCUAAGAGAAGGUUUGAUUUGGAUGCCUUGGCAGGUGGUGGAGACCAUUCCCUAUGGGUUGAUUGGGGGGGAAAUAGGUGCGGAAUGGGUUGCCAGGUGUACAGCGGUGGCGACAAAAGUGGAUGCGUUUGCUUGGAGGCCAGACUUCAUCGAGAAGAGGGUAAGUAGGGUGCCAACAAUCAUAGACCUAACUGCACAAGACACUUAAACAAGGGGAGACGGAGGGUGAAUCUACAUUCUAACGUAUGGACCCAAUGGAGAGAGGAGAGUUAGAAAGACCGAGUAAGCAGAGAAGAAGGUUUGAGGGGGGUAAGGGUCUACCGGAACUCAAAAUUACAUCUUGGAAUGUGAAUGGCUUAGUAGGGAUUUUAGAGAAUGGAGACAAGUGGCAGAACGUAGUAAAUUACUCAGAAUGGU